AUGGGUGACACACGUUCUCUCCUUUUCCGCGGCCACGGAAUCCAACUUUCGGUGAACCCGACGUUCUCUCGAGGGCCCGAGGGCGAGGCGAGGAUUCCGUUUUCGUUUGUGAACGCGUUUGAACGCCAUUACCCUUUUCCCUACCCUCCUAUCCUCCCCAAGAGACACCAGAAGGUUCUCUCUCUGCCCGAGUAACGUUGGGACGCAUGGUGGAAGGCUUUACGCAAGGUUCGCAGGGUUCACUCGGACGCUGAGAAUACCGCCCACCUCCUCUCCCCGGGAUCCCUCCAUCCAGGCAGCCAAUUUGCAUCUCCAACCAGGUCCCGCCCAGCAAUCGAUCUGCCUCCUGUGUGAUGUGCCUCUCAGAAGUACCCGAGUCUCUGGCUCACCUUGCGGUCGCGACAGUCGGCUGCCCGUUUGCUCGCCGUCUCUGGUCCGCGUUGUCUCCAGCCCCACACCCCGACUUUGUUGCAUUUGUGUGUCCGGUUGUCUCUCGCUCGGAACGCCGACUUGUCGAGCUACGUCCCCUUUUCUUCCGUUCGAUCUGGAAGCUCUCUCGCCGCCGCAAUUGUCGUCGGAUCCUUUGGAACCGAUCACCGAAACGGCACUCGAGGAGCUCCGGGCGUCGAUUCAGGAGUCCAAGGUCGCCUUGCGUCUUUGUAACUCACCCAAGGGGGUUUUAAUGGGUAUGAUUGACUUUGAUUCAGGGUCAAUGAGUCCUACACUACUGGCCUAG